GCGCUUCUUGCAUUUAAUACCGCGUUUGCUCCUCCUGACCUCCACGGACGCGGACGAAGGCUCGAAGGAGGCCGGCGGAAGGGGCGGACGUUCCCUUCCUCGACAUCCCCCAACCGUCUCCUGCCUCCAUGUGCUGUGAGUUGCGGACGACACUCUCCAUACAGUAACCAGAGACCCUUGCCGCUGACCUUUUUGCCACCACAAAAACCAUCCACGGACUUCACGGAGAUUCCACACGCCUUCGAUACGGAAUCUGAAGCCAUGUCCUUACUAGACCCGCUGUCGGAGUACAAGCUGAUCGUGCCCAUUGCCGCUCUCCUCCUCGCAUAUCUCCUGCACCACGUCGUGUUUUCUUCCAAGAGGAACCCAACGCUCCCAACCCCCAAGGGAUCUCUUCCGAUUGUCGGUUGUACGUUCCAGGCCUUGCACAUCCUCAAGGACCAGACUCUCUCCGAGUUCUUGAACAAGCAACAAGAUGAUCUGGGGCCCUUGUGGAAUUUGAACACUUUCGGCGUAUACACACCCAUAAUUUCGGAUCCCGCUACCGCCAAAAGGGUGAUGACGGAAACCUCCACUUUUGUCCGAGAUGAUACCUUCGAAAUCGCCGCUACCGGCGUUCUUCGCUACGGCCUUUUCCUCAUUCCGUCCGGAGAUCUAUGGAAAAAACACAGGAAACUGCUCCAACCCGCCUUUUCUCCCUCUCACCUUCGUCUCGGCGCCAAAGUCUCAGUUGAGAAUACCGAUAACCUCCUGAGCACAUGGAGAAAACAUUUGUCGGUCGGCAACACGGAAAGCAAUGACCGCCACAUUGUGAUCAAUUUACAUCAACACCUCAGCGGCCUAGCGCUGGAUAUCAUCGGUCAAGUGGCUUUAGGCGGUCGUCCUUUCGGUAGCGUGGGUAACCUUCCCAUAAAGAAUGCGAGAGGGGAAAGCUCUGGGGAGAUUCCGCAGAGUUUCAUCGCGUUUGAGCAAAUCAUGAAGACGAUAGGGUCUCGUUUCGGAUUGCCGCUGUGGGCAUGGAAGCUGUUGAAAUUGGAGAACGAUCAAGCCCAGGACGGCAUUCAGUACGCCCACAACCUCGCUGCUCGGGUCGUGAAGGAAAGGCGGGAAGCGUUGAAUGCGGAUGGUCGCCAAAGGAAGGAUCAGAAGGAUUUGGAUGUUUUGGACAGGGUGAUCAUGUCCGGGGACGCGGGGGACGCGGAUGGCAGUAUGUCCGAUGCGGAGAUAAGGGACGAGAUCCUUGGAUUCAUGUUGGCUGGCCAUGAGACAACCUCCAAUGCGUUGACUUCUAUCAUGGUGCACCUUAUGCAGAAUCCGAGGGUUUACGCCAAACUCCAAUCCGAAAUCAAAGCCGCCUUGCCAGACAACCAAAUCCCUACAUACGACACGAACCUCCCCUACGCCAAUUACGUCGUGAAGGAAGGGCUGCGAUUGUCACCGGCCGUCCGACUCCUCAUGCGAACGUCUACGAAACCUGUCACCGUGCUGGAUCACCACUUUCAGGCGGGGACAAAUUUCACGGUCAACGUUUACCACAUGCAGAAGAGCAAGGCUAUCUGGGGCCAAGACGCCGAGCAGUUCGUUCCCGAGAGAUGGGAAGAUUCAGAGAAGGUCAAGGAGGUGGAGGCGUCUGGAGCAUAUUUGCCGUUCGGAGCUGGACCGAUGAUGUGCAUCGGGCAAAAGUUGGCAGUGUUGGAGAUGAAGAUGGUGUUGAUUAGGUGUCUGCAGAGCUUUGAUUUUGAGUUGGUUCCAGGACAGGAUUUGAGGUUUACCGUCGAUGAUAUCACCUGCGGUUUCAAAAGGGGCGUAUAUGUAAAUGUUAAGGAGCGAUUGGUGCAGUGAUGUAUGUAGUGUAGAGAUCUAGGUUCUAGAAGCGCCAGCAAAGAAAGAAAGGAUGUGAAGAGAGAGAGGGUUCUAGUAAUAGACAAUACAGCAAUAUAUACCAAAACAAGUGAUGGCUCAGACCUUAGCUGGUCAUCUGUGAUGUGGAUGGGUGCCACGCCUUAGCCUUCCGCGCGGAACUACUGUAUCACACCGAGC